AUGGUUAAGUUCCUGAAGCAGAACAAAGCGGUGAUCCUCCUUCAAGGUCGCUACGCCGGGAAGAAGGCCGUGAUCAUCAAAUCGUUCGACGACGGAAGCCGCGACCGUCCUUACGGCCACUGCCUCGUCGCCGGACUGAAGAAGUACCCGAGCAAGGUCAUCCGCAAGGACUCGGCGAAGAAGACGGCGAAAAAAUCUAGGGUUAAGUGUUUCAUCAAGCUCGUUAACUACCAGCAUCUGAUGCCUACUCGUUACACACUCGACGUGGAUCUCAAGGAAGUCGCGACCCUCGACGCUCUUACGUCAAAGGACAAAAAGGUCGCAGCUCUCAAGGACGCCAAGGCCAAGCUCGAGGAACGUUUCAAGACCGGAAAGAACAGAUGGUUCUUCACCAAGCUCAGGUUCUGA